AUGUACCUCAUCAAAGUGCUUCCAUGCAUGGCCGUCAGAUGGGUGUCGCAUAUUGCCUGGGGUUGUUUUGUUUUUUUGCGAAAUAAAGCCGAAUCGUCAGCGAAUCCAAUUCAACAGACAGAUUAUACUUCGUUAUCUUUCCCAAUCAUUUCCCUCUCUCUCUCUUCGCGCGCCGCUGCUUCUCUUCGUUUCGAAGCAACGAUGGAGUUAUUCGAAGGAGACCAACUGAAGGCUGCAGAGAAGCUCGAGUCGGAGAAAUUAGCUAAGAUCAAUUUCAACCCUACGCGCAUAGUUGAUUUAGAUGCACUUCUUUGUGAUACCUAUGAUAAACAAUGUCCAAAGCCAGUUCAUUAUGACAACAGGAGAGAUUUGAUUCGCAUCUUCAAUAUGAUAGCACAGGAAAUAUAUGGCAAUAGUAGGUCCUCUCCUGUUGUGGAAGAAUAUGGAUCAUUUGUAAUGGACAUUUUCAAUGAAAAAAGUGAUCUUGACUUGUCUAUCAAUUUCAGCAAAGAUUCCAUUGAAAUUAGUCGGCAGAAGAAGAUUGACAUCCUUCGGAGGUUUAGCAAGAAACUACGCUCAAUUCAAAGAAAUGGACAUGUGACUGCUUUAGAAGUUAUCCUGUCUGCCAAAGUACCGAUUAUAAAAGUUACUGAUAGUGGAACAGGUAUUGAAUGUGAUUUAUCAGUCGAAAAUUGGGAUGGCAUUGCAAAAUCUCAUAUUAUCCGUGCAAUUUCUGCCAUAGAUGAAAGGUUUCAAAAGCUAUCUUUACUGAUGAAAUCAUGGGCUAAGGCACAUGAUAUCAACAGUUCCAGAGACGCCACUCUGAAUUCUUUGUCGAUUGUAUCAUUUGUUGCUUUUCAUUUGCAGACUUGCGAUCCUCCCAUAUUACCUCCAUUCGCUACUUUACUUAAAGAGGGAGCUGAUCUGGAGUCUGUGACGAAGAUUGUUAAAACUUAUACCAACUAUGGAAAUCAAAACAAGGAGUCACUGGCCAAGCUUUUUGUUACUCUUUUAGUCAAGCUAGCAUCAGUUAAAAAUCUUUGGCAGAAUGGAUAUUGUAUGAGUUCCUACAAAGGGUCGUGGGUUUUAAAAUCAUGGAGAUACUCAAUGAGUAUAGAGGAUUUCACAGAUCCAUCACAAAAUGUUGCUAGAGCAGUUAGAGCUGAAGGAUUUAAGGCAAUCUACAAAUGUAUCCAUAAUUCCAUUGACGAUAUUUCGCGGUUUUUAAAUGGCGAGAUCCAGGGAAUUGAAUUAAUGGACGAUUUGUUUGGAAAACCUAUGGUUUCAUCUCCAGGAGUUGAGGGUACUUCUACUAGCAACAUCAAUGAAAAUAAGAAUACCCCUCCUACUAGCAGCAUCAAUGAAAAUAAGAAUACCCCUCCUACUAGCAACAUCAUUGGAAAUAAGAAUAACCCUCCUACUAGCAACAUCAUUGGAAAUAAGAAUAACCCUCCUACUAGCAACAUCAUUGGAAAUAAGAAUAACCCUCCUACUAGCAACAUCAUUGGAAAUAAGAAUAACCCUCCUACUUUGCAAAAUCCUCGUCCAACGAAAAAGCAAAAGCAAGACUUGGGUAAAAACCAGGUUCAAGAUUUUCACCGAACUGAACCUUGGGGCACAGGUCAGGUACAUGUACCACCUAGUAGUAAUGUGCCCAAUGGGGUUCCUUCUUUCACUCCCCCACUCCCUUACCAGUCUCAAUAUCAAUCGCAUCACAGUUAUGUUCCACGGAAUGUUCCUCCUCCUCCCUUUGGCUUCAACCCAGCUGUUUACCAAUUUUCUUAUAAUCCUUCCGUACAGUCUCAUCAUGUUUCGUCACAAAUACAUGGAGGUUAUGUUCCAACAUUUCAUCAGAAUGCAGUAGCUUCAAAUUCCAAUCAUGUUUCAUUCCCACAUUCCUCACUACAAGGAAGAGACCAUGCCUCACUACAAGAAAGAGACUAUGCCCACAGAAGGGACUAUGCCUCACUACAAGAAAGAGACUAUGCCUCACUACAAGGAAAGGACUAUGCCCACAGAAGUGACUAUGCCUCACUACAAGGAAGGGACUAUGCCCACAGAAGUGACUAUGCCUCACUACAAGGAAGGGACUAUGCCCACAGAAGUGACCAUGCCUCAACACCAAGGGACUAUGCCUUAUAUAAUCACAGAAGUGGUUAA